GCGCAACGUGAAGUGAUUUCGUGUUCAUUCGGUAGAACUCGGCAAAACGAACCGGCUUGCAUACUACUUCAGAUAAUUCACACACACACAUUGACAAUUUCACUUCAUUCGGAUUUGUCCUCUCAUCCACACACGUGCUUGUAAACAAGUGGUCGCCAUUGUGGGCAUAAGACGCGCGAUUCCCUCUGUCAUUUUUCAGUAUUCUAUACAUUCAACAAGACUUUGCAUUUAAUUUUGGAUAUACGUGUAUUGAACAAGUUUUAGUUAAAACCUUCAAUAGUGACAAAACGAAAAUCUCAAGGACAGAGAAAAAACAGUGUUUGUGUGUGUCAGUUUUUUUUUUUUAUAUACUUUAAUGUUAAAUUUUUUAUUCGAAAAUCAUUUAAAGGUGCGAGAAACGAAAUAAAAAGAUUAUAGAUUCUAUAGAGAUUUUGCUAUAUAGAGAAGAGAGAGAGAUAAACUACUGUGUGUCAAAGAGGUUAUGUUCAGAGGGGAAAAGGAAGAAAGGUUAUAACGGCUUAGCGGUCGGUGUGCGCAAGGAAGAGCAGGUCAUGCAAGUAACGUAAGAUAACGGAUCGUCCAGGAGAGUGUUUGCGGCUUGACGAAGCCGAGUGAAUUGUAAAGAGGAACGAGCUGGUGACCGGAAAUAGACAACAGCAGUAAGCAGAAUGGGUGAACGACGUGGUACCAAGGCGCUUGAGCUCUGGUGCAGAAGGAUAACGGAUGGUUAUCCUGGUGUUAAUGUGCAAAAUAUGACAACAUCGUGGAGAGAUGGACUGGCCUUUUGUGCAAUGAUUCAUCAUUUUCGUCCUGACCUUAUAGAUUUUGAUAGUUUGAACAAGGAUGAUAUUUACGGAAACAACGAGUUGGCAUUCAGGAUUGCGGAGCAGCAUCUGGGGAUUCCAGCACUUCUCGAUGCAGAGGACAUGGCUUCGUGUGCUGUGCCAGAUCGUCUAUCGAUUCUCACCUACCUCUCGCAAUUCUAUCAAUCCUUUGGAGUUUCAUCACCAACUCGAUUGGCUCUGAAUCGAACAACUGAAAGUUCGAGCGACAGAAUUGCACCAGUACCAGAAUCUCCUAAACCGAAGAUGGGGUCACGUUUGGGGAUGCGGAGGGAUCCCUGCGCCGUGUGUGGGCUUCCCGUUUUUCUCGCUGAGAAAUUGGUCAUCUCUCGAAUGCACUAUCAUCGCACAUGUUUCCGUUGUGCUCGCUGUAAAAAUCAACUAACACCCGGCAAUUAUUACGAGACCGAAGACGGACAAUAUUGCUGUGAAACAUGUCCCGAUGAAGAGGAAAAUAAUGAAUCACGUUACAAUAAUGAAGCAAGCAUUCAUAAUUUAAAUUCUAAUUCAUCAAUACAACAAGAUAUUUUUCAAAAAUCACUCAGCGAUGAGGAAAAAAUUGUCAAAAGUUCAAUAGUACAUGAUCCUGAAAAAUUGAGAAGUCCACAAGAAAUUACCGAUAAUAUUUUAUCACCAUUGAAGAAAAUUUCCUCCUCUGAUGAUGAUGAUGAUGAUAAUGAUAAAAUGACAUCAUCAUCAUCAGAGAUAUCAAAAAAAUUGAGGCUAAAUUUUAUGGAGAGUCACUUACUUUCUGAGAAAUUUAACGAACUCUCGGUGGUUGAUGGACCAGAAUUAUUAACAAGUGAAAAUUCUCCAGAGGAACUCUCAAUAUCCCCAAAUUGUUCAACAAUUGAUUUAUUGAAAAAAAAACUCGAUUUCAAUGAUAUUGUUGAAAAUAUUAGUGACCCCAUUAAAAAUGAUCAACGUCCUACUGCCAUUUCGUCCCAUGACAUAGAUAAUAAGUGUCUAGAUCAUAAGACAAAUACCAAAGACUUAGACGGCGAGGCUACAUCAUCAUUAGUUCGGCAACGUUUGAAAAUAUUUGAGAAUCAUGAUUUAAAAAAAAUACCACAAAAAGCCGAUAACGUCGUCAAAGCAACUUUGUUAAAGAAAGACAUAACAUCUUUCUUUCCAUCAUUAGAAAUUGAUAAUCAAUUCGAGAAUGUUAUACCGAGAGAUAAUGAAAAUUUAUUAUCAUCAUCAAAUCAUUCCGAAUUAAAUGAUUUCAAUUUAGAAACGAAAAAAAACAAUUUCAAACAAUUGGAUUCAAUAGAAGCCGAUUUUGAACGAUUGGUUGAAUCGAAUUUGAACCAAUCGGUUGAAUUAGAUUUGAAACGAUUAAUGGAAUCUAAUUUUAAAAAAGGAUCCAAUUCACAAGAUGAAUUGAAUGAAAAGAAUUUCAUUCAAAAGAAUGAAGAAGAGAAAAAAGGAGAAGAAGAAGAAGAAGAAGAAGAAGAAGAAGAAGAAGAAGAAGAAGAAGAAGAAAAGGAGGAGAAGGAGACACGAGAUGAUGUCGCCGAUAGCUGUAAAUUGGUGAAACCACUUUCUCCCAUUGAUAAUAAUGAUGACAUCAUUGCGACAAACGCCGCGAGUUGUGUGUCGAGAGAGAUAAUAAUCGACGACAAUUAUUCAAAGUCAAAUGAUGUUGUCCAAACAGAAUUGAAUUUAUUUACAGCAAAGGGAAUCAAUUUGAGCGAUGUCGAUGAUUAUCCUGUAGCGUUAAAUCCAUUCGCCGAUGAAGACGAACAAAUUCCAGUUAAGAAAAAUAACAGUAAAAUCUCGACUAAUCCCUUUGACAGUGAUGAGAAUGAAGAAGAAAAAGAAGAAGAAGAGGCAAUAAGCAAUAAAAAUUCAAUUCCACAAGCGGCGGAAAGAAAUUCAGAAAUGAAAAUUGAAAAAAUACAAGUUAAACGACGUUUAAAAGCACCGCAAAUUAGUUUAAAUCCAUUUUCCAGUGAUGAUGAUGAUGAUGAUGAAACAGAAGGAAAUACAACUUGUUCGGUUAAUUUCCCAAUUCCUAAACCUAGAACAAUCAACAGCCUUGCAAUAUCAAAGGCCAAUUUAGAGCGAAGCGGAAUGUACGCUUCGAAUACUUCCCUGGCUAGUUGUGGAUCCACACCUGGGGCAAGUUCAAGAAAGAAAAAACCUGCACCUCAGCCACCUACCAAAGAAACCCUUUCACCCAAUUCAAAUCCAUCCACACCAAAACGUAAUUCGUCUAUUAACACUAACACAUCACCUCACAUGACGCCACGACUAAGAAAAUCGAAACCAGCACCACCUCCUCCACCCCUUUUAACAAGUACACCACAAAAUGAAUCUAUAUUAUCGCACAUCAAUUGUAAUGAGUCUUCAAUUCAAGAAUUAAUCGACGAAGACGAUAUUUGUAAAUUAAAUAUGUGGGAGGAUCAAAAAUCCAAUAAAGAUGAAGUGAAUAGAACGAGGCAGAGCCUCUCUUGUCUUGAUAAUCCAUCGUAUGUAUCGUAUGCGGACAAAAGUGUUCAGGGAAAAUGGAAAAGGAAAAAGGGUCCUGCACCACCUCGACCAGUUCCACUUCGACGAAAGAUCAAAGUACUAUCGUUAAAAGAUAUAAAAUUGGAAUUGGAUGAAAUAGAAUUACAACAGCAAGGUUUGGAACGACAAGGCGUUCGUUUGGAACAAAUAAUUCGAGAUAAAUCUGAAUCAAAGCCAAUCGGAGAAGAUCCAAAUAUAGAAGCAGACGUGGAAGAAUUGGUGCUAGAGCUGUUUGUUCUCGUGAAUGAAAAAAAUGAAUUGUUUAGGAGACAAGCAGAAUUAAUGUUAUUACGAAGACAACAGAGAUUAGAGGAAGAACACGCUGAUGUUGAGUAUCAAAUAAGGUGCCUUUUGUGUCAACCGGAAGCUACAAAAACAGAUUUUGAUAAGCAGAGAGAAGAAACUUUAAUCCAAAGGUUGGUACAAAUUGUUGAAAGACGAAAUGAAAUAGUCGAGUGCCUUGAAAUGGAUCGAAAACGUGAAGUUGAAGAAGAUCGCAGUAUUAAUAAACACAUGGGUUUAUACGCGGCAAAAGGCAAAAGUGAUACGAUUAGUGAUAAUGAUGUAAAUCGUCCGUCCAAGACAAAGAAAGGAAAACUCAAGGAGAAAAUAAGGGAGAAAAAAUUAAAGAAAAGCCAUAAAAAGGAUGCCGAUAAAGAUGUGGAUGAGGCCGAAGUGAAACUUAAACGCCAUAGCAAGAGAAAGUGGUUUUAAUCCACAUUUUUUUUUCUUCUUCUAACUAUUAUUAUUUACUUAUAAAGUUAAAUUUACAAUUUUUUUUUUGUUUGUCUUUGCAUUUGACUGGUCAAAUUUAAUACUUUUUUAUAUAAUGAUUUUUAAUAAAUGUCAACUUUGUUAUUUAUAAAUAAACAAGGUUCUAAAUAAUAAAAUAAAAUAAUGUUAAUAUUCUAUUAUAGUAAAAAAAAAAA